AUGUCUAAGAAGUGCGUCUUCAAUAUGUUGGUCUUGCAGCCCAUCCAGAUUCAAACAAACCUUGCCCCGAGCGAGACAUCACACAGCCUGCUCUAUCAAACGGAUUCGACCGAACCUUUCUACCAUCGAACACCACCUCCAUCGUUAGAAGAGCUGCAAUUCUUCGGGCUAAAGGCAGGCGACAAGUCCAAAUGCCAGGACCAGCUAUGCGCAGUAUGCUUCGGACCUUUCCAGAAUCCAGUCGUCACACGAUGUCAACACACAUUCUGCUUCGGCUGCAUAUACGAGUGGUUCGGUGGGAGCACAGCCUGUCCUAAAUGCACAGGAGAUCUCUACCAACCUCGAAAGCUGCGCCAACAACCAAGCCGCGAGAUCCAUCCAGCUGAACGACCUGGCCCUGUGGAAGACUCGCAAUGGAAACUGCCAUCCCCGACCACAGUCACGACCGUGAAGGCUACGUUCAAGGCGCACAUCAAGAAACCCUCCACGGAGCAGAAACUCCUCGUGAAAAAGGCUCGUUCGUCCGGACACCUCCAAAUCCCACAACCUUCCCAUCAACACAGCUACUCAGACCGUUCCUCAUCGGCAACGCAACAGCAACGCAACAAAUCCUUCACGUCCAGCCUCCGAAAAGGCCACGCCCGCGGCGGUAGUCGUCACAGCAGUCUCCCCAGCUACAUGAAGCGCACCAAUCCACCACCCCAACCCACCCACAACCUAGACUACACCUACCAAGAGCCCAUCAUCGUCCACAGCCCUCAAGACGCCGACGCCCCUCCAAACGACCCGAUCGACCUCGACGCCUCCGUAGUCGAACUCUACAGCACCUGCACCAAAUAUCUCGAGCGCACGCAACAAGCCGCCGCCCCCACCACCGAACAAAGCGUGCACCUCGUGCACGUCAACUCGGAAGAAAUCCUCGCCGACAUGUGGAUGGUGAGCAAAGCGUCCGGGCAAGACGCAUACUUGUCCAUCCGGUGCAAAGCCAUCGCGAAAUGUGUUUGGAGGGAGUGGGAGGAGUAUUUGAGACGGAUGGAAGGCAGUUUGUUGAUGGGGCAGGAGCUGUGGUGGGGGUUGCAUAGGAAUUUCGAGAGGACGGUGGUGGAGUAUGGGUGGGUGGAGGAUUGGAUGGAGUUGCCGGGGGAGUUUGUGGAGCUUUUGGAGAGGGUUAUGGCGGUUGCUGGGCAGAGGUGA